AGGUACAGAGUUCAUCUGUUUUGUUUGUCUACUGUGUCACUGGUGGCUAUAAAGUGGCAGUGUGCAGUGGUACAACGCACUGUGAGUCUACGAUCACAGGGAGAAGCCGCUCAUCUCUAGAAUGAAGUCUCUCGUGCUCCUGCUAUUGGUGGCUGUUACUGUAUCAUCUGUGGUGUCUAAACCCCUUCCUGAAGACUCUGAAGCAGAGGUUCACAAGGAGUUUGAGACAUGGAAAGUUAAAUAUGUUUCCCGUGUGUAUCAAGAAUGGUCCCCCACCCAGAGGACAUCCAGGCAACUUCACAAAGGGAAGAGCUAUCCGUCUACCGAGGAGGAAGCCAAACGUAAGGGGAUGUGGUUAGCGACGAGGAAGAGGGUGAUGGAACACAAUACGAGAGCAGGAAAUGGAUUAGAGAGCUACACCAUGGCGGUCAAUCACUUUGCUGACCUGACUACUGAGGAGGUUCCUAAAGGACUUUUGCCCAUGCCUCGACCUGAGGAAGAAGAGGUGGACAAAGAGUUUGAGAUGUGGAAAACUGUCAAUGGUAAGACCUAUAACUCCACCGAGGAGGAAGCUAGGCGUAAGGAGAUCUGGUUAGCUACCAGGGCAAGAGUGAUGGAACACAACAAGAGAGCAGAGAAUGGAUCAGAGAGCUUCACCAUGGGGAUGAAUCAUCUUUCUGACAGGACUACUGCGGAGGUUACAGGACAAAGGCUUCAAGAUAGGGAGGAAGCAGAAGUGCACAAGGAGUUUGAAACAUGGAAAGUUAAAUAUGGAAAGACCUAUCCGUCCACCGAGGAGGAAGCUAAGCGCAAGGAGAUCUGGCUAGCUACUAGGAAGAUGGUGACGGAACACAACAAGAGAGCAGAGAAUGGCCAGGAGAGCUUCACCAUGGCAGUCAAUCACUUUGCUGACUUGACUACUGAGGAGGUUCCUAAAGGACUUUUGCCCAUGCCUCGACCUGAGGAAGAAGAGGUGGACAAAGAGUUUGAGAUGUGGAAAACUGUCAAUGGUAAGACCUAUAACUCCACCGAGGAGGAAGCUAGGCGUAAGGAGAUCUGGUUAGCUACCAGGGCAAGAGUGAUGGAACACAACAAGAGAGCAGAGAAUGGAUCAGAGAGCUUCACCAUGGGGAUGAAUCAUCUUUCUGACAGGACUACUGCGGAGGUUACAGGACAAAGGCUUCAAGAUAGGGAGGAAGCAGAAGUGCACAAGGAGUUUGAAACAUGGAAAGUUAAAUAUGGAAAGACCUAUCCGUCCACCGAGGAGGAAGCUAAGCGCAAGGAGAUCUGGCUAGCUACUAGGAAGAUGGUGACGGAACACAACAAGAGAGCAGAGAAUGGCCAGGAGAGCUUCACCAUGGCAGUCAAUCACUUUGCUGACUUGACUACUGAGGAGGUUCCUAAAGGACUUUUGCCCAUGCCUCGACCUGAGGAAGAAGAGGUGGACAAAGAGUUUGAGAUGUGGAAAACUGUCAAUGGUAAGACCUAUAACUCCACCGAGGAGGAAGCUAGGCGUAAGGAGAUCUGGUUAGCUACCAGGGCAAGAGUGAUGGAACACAACAAGAGAGCAGAGAAUGGAUCAGAGAGCUUCACCAUGGGGAUGAAUCAUCUUUCUGACAGGACUACUGCGGAGGUUACAGGACAAAGGCUUCAAGAUGGGGAGGAAGCAGAAGUGCACAAGGAGUUUGAAACAUGGAAAGUUAAAUAUGGAAAGACCUAUCCGUCCACCGAGGAGGAAGCUAAGCGCAAGGAGAUCUGGCUAGCUACUAGGAAGAUGGUGACGGAACACAACAAGAGAGCAGAGAAUGGCCAGGAGAGCUUCACCAUGGCAGUCAAUCACUUUGCUGACUUGACUACUGAGGAGGUUCCUAGAGGGCUUUUCUCCAUGGUAACGUACCAGCAUUUCAAAAUGAAUGAAGACGACAAGACUCUAUGAGGAAUUAACUAUUUUGCAAUUUACAAUAUAUAUAAACACUACACUUUCAA